UCAAGUAUUAUUUUCAUAUCUUCUCGUAAAAUUCGCGCGUGUACUGGACUUGAGAUUUCUCGGGAUCGUUUAAACGGAGAGAGAAGGUCGAAUAAAAUAGUGGCCCAUUUUUUUCGUUUGGUUUGGAAGCUCAGUUUCGUAUUUCGCUACAAAGAAAUCAAGGAUAAGGAUUAAAGUUAAUCGCUAAGUCACGUAUACAAAUUGAUAUAUAAAAGGAGGAGCUCAAAGGUGUUGGAAGGAUGCCGUCCGACGCAAAGAAGAAACAACAGCAGAAGAAGAAAGAAGCAGCGAAGGCGAGACAGUCUGGCAAGAAACCCACACAGAGCGGACAACGUAACGAUGAUAGUAAAGAAGAUAGUGCGAAUCCGAACGAUGUUAGCAUCAAGCAGAACGGUACCAACGGCACUGUGCUCAGUGUUGAGGAGGCACUUUGUGCAAAAUUGGAGGUAGAUGCCCGCCUUAAUGCAGAGGCUAGAGCUUGUACUGGCUCUUUGGCCUCUCAUCCACGUAGUCGUGACAUCAAGAUUUCAAAUUUUUCUGUGACUUUUCAUGGUUGUGAGCUAAUGCAGGACACAAUGCUGGAAUUGAAUUGUGGUCGUCGCUAUGGUUUAUUGGGUCUCAAUGGCUGUGGAAAGUCGACAUUACUUUCAGUGCUUGGUAUUCGUGAAGCUCCUAUUCCUGAAGCUAUUGAUAUUUUUCAUUUAACAAGAGAAAUGCCAGCUAGUAAUAAAACUGCACUCAGAUGUGUAAUGGAGGUUGAUGAAGAACGUGUUAGACUAGAGAAGUUAGCUGAGGAACUUGUCGAAUGUCGUGAAGAAGAUGCUCAAGAUCAGCUUAUGGAUGUUUAUGAAAGAUUAGAAGAUAUGGCUGCAGACACUGCAGAAGCACGAGCUGCUCAUAUUUUACAUGGUCUUGGCUUUACAGCAAAGAUGCAAAACACACCUACUAAAGAUUUUUCUGGUGGUUGGAGAAUGCGGAUUGCCCUUGCUAGAGCUUUAUAUGUGAAACCACAUUUACUUCUUCUUGAUGAACCUACAAAUCAUCUUGAUCUUGAUGCUUGUGUUUGGUUGGAAGAGGAACUAAAGACAUAUAAAAGAAUUUUAGUAAUUAUUUCUCAUUCACAAGACUUUCUUAACGGAAUUUGUACGAAUAUUAUUCAUCUUCAUAAAAAACAAUUAAAGUAUUAUACUGGAAAUUAUGAAGCUUUCGUAAAAACAAGAAUGGAGCUUUUGGAAAAUCAAGCAAAGCUUUAUAAUUGGCAACAAGAUCAAAUUGCUAGUAUGAAGAACUAUAUUGCUCGAUUUGGUCAUGGUUCUGCAAAAUUGGCUCGACAAGCGCAGUCUAAAGAAAAAACUUUGGCAAAAAUGGUUGCUCAAGGACUUACGGAAAAAGUCACGAAUGAUAAAAUUCUUACUUUCUACUUCCCAUCAUGUGGAACAAUACCACCUCCUGUUAUUAUGGUUCAAAACGUUAGUUUUCGUUACAGCGACGAUGGACCAUGGAUUUAUAAAAAUUUAGAAUUUGGUAUCGAUCUGGAUACUAGAUUAGCUCUUGUAGGACCGAACGGAGCUGGUAAAAGUACACUUUUAAAACUAUUAUAUGGUGACUUGGUGCCAACUAGUGGUAUGAUAAGAAAAAAUAGUCAUCUUCGAAUUGGAAGGUAUCAUCAACAUUUGCAUGAGCUUCUUGAUUUAGAUGUGUCUCCAUUAGACUACAUGAUGAAAGCUUUUCCAGAUGUAAAAGAGCGUGAAGAAAUGCGUAAAAUUAUUGGUCGAUAUGGUUUAACCGGUAGACAACAGAUUUGCCCUAUUCGUCAAUUAUCUGAUGGACAGCGGUGUCGAGUUGUAUUUGCUUGGUUAGCUUGGCAAGUUCCACAUCUAUUAUUAUUCGAUGAACCUACAAAUCAUUUGGAUAUGGAAACAAUUGAUGCCCUAGCAGACGCCAUUAAUGAUUUUGAUGGAGGAAUGGUGCUAGUGUCACACGAUUUCAGAUUGAUAAACCAAGUGGCUGAGGAAAUUUGGGUAUGUGAGAAUGAAACUGUCACCAAAUGGCAGGGUAAUAUUCUUGAUUAUAAAGAGCAUCUUAAAAGCAAAGUUCUAAAGGAUAAUCAGAAACGACAAAAUGAUAUGUCAGGCCGAUGUGGAAAUUAAUUAAAUUGAUUAAGAUUUUCCAGUACUUGCGACAAACAAUAUAAUCUUUCUAUAUACUUAAGGGAUUGCCUCAAGAUUUUAAAAGAAAAAUUUUAAUAAACUUUCGCUGCUGUGUAGCGAUAAGCUGGUUCCAACAAUAGCUAAUUUAUUAAACUAAUAUAAAUAAUUUAGUGCGAUCUACAAUGAAUGAUCGCUAAAUGACGGUAACUUAUCAUUAAUUUAGACACUUGAUAAAAAUUGGUCCGAUCCAAUACUUGGAUGUAAAAAAUAAAAUGA